AUCGAUCGAUCGAUCAGUGAAUUCGACUUUGAUUUUAUUAUCUCAUUUCGCUUGACAUCAGCAGAAAGUGAUACAUUAUUACCCUGCCACUCCCACCAAACGUGUAGCAAGUGACGCCCCAAUUUCAGUCAUCCAAAGAUGAGGAAGACUUUGUGGAUAUUUUGCCUUUUGUGGCUUUUAUUGCAUCGAGCUGCUUCUCAAUUGCUGGUGGAUAUAGUUCGAGAUUUUGAGACUUCUUUGCUAAAUAAUCGCAUACCAGAUACCACAAACUUUUUGCCUGAAUAUGAUUUUAUUAUUGUGGGAGCCGGCUCGGCGGGUUGUGUGAUGGCCAAUCGUUUGAGUGAGAUUUCAUCGGCAAGUGUUCUGCUCUUGGAGGCUGGCGAUCAGGAGACGUUCAUCAGUGAUGUUCCACUGACAGCGGCUCUAACCCAAAUGACACGCUACAAUUGGGGCUAUAAGACAGAGCCAACACCGAAUGCCUGUCGUGGUCUGAAACAAGGUGUCUGCAAUUGGCCCAAGGGGCGUGGUGUGGGCGGCACUAGCCUCAUUAAUUUCAUGCUCUAUACGCGCGGACAUCGCCGGGACUAUGAUGAGUGGGCGGCAGCGAAUAAUACGGGUUGGUCUUAUGAUGAGAUUUUGCCCUAUUUCAAGAAAUCGGAGCGCAUUGGCAUUCGAGAGCUCUACAAGUCACCGUAUCAUGGCAGAAAUGGUCCAUUGGAUGUUCAAUAUACGGAUUACAAGUCACACUUACUCAAAGCUUUUCUCAAAUCUGGCCGGGAAUUGGGCUAUGAUAUCUCAGAUCCGAAUGGUGAACAUUUGAUGGGCUUUUCACGUUCUCAGGCCACCAUACGAAAUGGGCGUCGCUGCAGCACCAGCAAAGCCUUCAUCCAGCCCAUUGUGGCACGUAAGAAUCUGCAUAUAUCGAUGAAGAGUUGGGUCACCAAAUUGAUCAUUGAUCCCGAGACAAAAACCGCUGUGGGUGUUGAGUUUAUGAAACAGCGUCAGCGUUAUGUAGUGCGGGCCAAAAAGGAGGUCAUAUUAUCCGCCGGUUCUAUAGCUAGUCCACAAUUGUUAAUGUUAUCCGGUGUGGGGCCACGGCAACAUCUGCAGGAUCUGAAUAUCAGCGUGGUAAAUGAUCUUCCAGUGGGCUAUAAUCUUCAGGAUCACAUCACCUUGAAUGGUUUGGUUUUUGUGGUGAAUGAUUCAUCGACUGUGAACGAUGCUCGUCUGCUGAAUCCGACUGAUAUAUUCCGCUAUAUAUUCGCUGGUCAAGGACCUUAUACCAUACCAGGUGGUGCUGAGGGUUUUGCCUUUGUGCGUACUCCUAGCUCAGAUAAUGGCAAGGACUACACCGAUAUGGAAUUAGUCCUGGGAGCUGGCUCCCUCAGUGGCGAUCGUUUUGGCACCAUGCGCAAUCUGUUGGGCAUAACUGAUGAGUUCUAUGACUAUAUGUUUGGGGAUCUUCAGAAUAAGGAAACAUUUGGCCUAGUCCCAGUGCUUUUGCGUCCCAAAAGUCGUGGCCGCAUCUCUUUGCGUAGUCGUAAUCCUUUCCAUUGGCCGCGCAUGGAACCGAAUUUCAUGCAGCAUCCAGAUGACAUACGCUCUAUGAUCGAAGGCAUCGAAAUGAUCUUACAAUUGGCCAAGUCCCAGGCCAUGACAAAGUUGGGCACACGAUUCCAUGAUCGUCCUUUCCCCGGUUGUCAGCAUUUGCCAUUUGCCAGUCAGGAUUAUUGGCGCUGUUGCUUGCGUCUUUACGGGAGCAGCUUACAACAUCAAUCGGGCACUUGCAAGAUGGGCACUGACUCUAGUGCAGUGGUAGAUCCCGAACUACGUGUCCAUGGCCUGAAGCAUCUUCGUGUUGUCGAUGCUUCGGUGAUGCCAAAUGUCCCAGCGGGUCACACAAAUGCAAUCGUUAUAAUGAUUGCCGAGAAGGCAUCGGAUAUGAUUAAGAAUUCAUGGCGAAUGAGAACUGAUCCAGCAGUCCGAAAUUAGCCAAUUAAAUGUAAAUGUUUUGUUAUUUAUUAUUUAAUUUUUCUAGAGUCAUUCUAGUUGUUAGGAAAAUGCAUGUGAUAGUUAAGUGAAAAGUAGUUUAAGAAAAGUGAAUAAUUUCUAAUUAUUAAUAAAUAUCAUUCAUAAAGUAAAA